GCGCCCGGGGCCGCAGUGCGGGGAGGCGGCGAGCGGGAGCGGCUGCCGGGGGGAUGGCACCGAGUCACAAGGUAAUCGGCGGUCGUUUUCUUUGGCAGCUGGAUGCUGCGGGUCGCGGCUGACUGACGGGCGCGUUUGUGCUCUGACUUAGUGAAAAAAGUGCGAGUUCUGCCGUGUUAAACAUGGGAGCGCUCUCUGUAGCCGCUGUAAUGCCUUAUGAAAAUUGGACAUUUCUGUCAUAAAGUCACCAACCAUUGAGAAGAAUCCCAACGGCUAGAGAGGGAAGGCAAAAAACGGUGUUUUAAUACAAUAAUAACUUUCUUUGGCACCUUUUAUUCCUGUAGUGUAGUUUACUAAAUUUUGCAAAGGAAAUCAAACUCAGCCCUCACUAAGAAUGGAGUCCCAGCCCCUGCUGAGAGGGCCUAGAGCGCACAGCAAGUUCCCCAGCUGGACCUUGUUUCUGGCUGUUUGUGCUGUUGGAAUUGGAGGGACCUUUCAGUAUGGGUAUAAUGUGUCCAUUAUCAAUGCACCCACCCAGGCCUGUGCGGAGCCCUUAUUGGAGGUGGCAUGGCGAUUCGCCUGGGCAGGUGUUGGGCUCUGUGUGCAGCCUCUGUAUUUUGGGGAGGUUGCCCCAAAACAUCUUAGAGGUGGCGUGGCCAUGGGGAGUUCCAUCUUUCUGACCGGGGGGAUUCUGACAGGACAAAUAAUUGGUUUGAGGGAGUUAUUAGGUGGAGAAAGGCACUGGCCCCUGUUGUUAUCCAGCAGCUGUUUCCCAGCAUUUGCCCAACUUUUGUUCCUGCCAUGGUUUCCUGAGAGUCCCAGGUAUCUUCUUAUUGACAGAGGUGAUGAGCUGAGCUGUGCCAAAGCUUUGAAGCGAUUUCAUGGUUCUUCAGAGUAUCGAAGGGAGAUGGAAGAUAUCCAGCGGGAAUGUUUUGCCUUAGAUGGGGAGAAACCCAAGAAGCCCUGGCAAUUAUUCACUGAUCGUGGCGUGAGAUGGCAGCUCAUUACUGUGAUUGUGCUGACUAUGGGCCAACAGCUCAGUGGGAUAAAUGCUAUUUAUUUCUAUGCAACUUACAUUUUUAAACAAGCUGGGAUCUCAGCAGAAAAAAUCCCGUAUGUGACACUCGGCACUGGAGCUUGUGAAUGCGUCACAGCCCUCACCUGUGGUUUCCUGAUAGACUACCUGGGAAGAAGAGUUCUCAUCAUUGGGGGUUAUCUCCUUAUGACCCUUUGUAGCGUUGUUUUAACGUUGUCUCUGACCUACCAGGAACUGUACUCGUGGGUGUCUUAUGUGAGCAUGACAUCUAUAUUUGCCUUCAUCUUGAGCUUUGGGUUGGGACCAGGUGGCAUAACCAACACCCUGACAGCUGAAUUAUUCAUACAGUCCUCACGUCCUGCUGCUUACAUGAUAGGAGGGACUGUCAGCUGGAUUAGUUUCUUCACAAUUGGAAUGCUUUUCCCCUUCAUAGUGAAUGGACUGAAGCAGUACUGUUUCCUGGUGUUCUUACUGGAGUGCUCCCUAGUUGCUGCUUUCAUCUUCCUUGUUGUUCCUGAGACAAAAAACAAAUCUUUUCUGGAAAUCAAAAAGGAAUUCAACAAGCUUAAUUUUGGAAGAAAUGCCCAAAAAAAGGAAACAGAGCUUUAUGAAAGAAGAGAACUCCACGAUGAAUUUUAAAAGCAUUCCAUGUAACUUAACAGAAUUACAAACAGCAUCUUCUAAAUUAGCAGUUUAACACCAUGAACAAGUAGCUUAUGAAAUCCUCCCGUAUAUUUAGAGGAGGUUUAAUUGAAUGCAAGUCAAUCUUUCUGAAAUGCUGUUACAACAUGUAUCACUGAAAUGCUAUUAAAAACAUACUGCAUUAUA